GGUCUUUUGUUGUAGAUCAGAUAGAUGUAUUUCAUUCCAUAAGACCUGGCGCUAGCAAGGGUAACUUCGUGUGCAGCAGGUUCUUUGUGGGUUGUUGUACGGGCAAGGCCAGGACGAUACACACCGUGCAGAUAUCAAGCCUAAACAAGCAUGGCUGGGGCAAUCGCAAGAACACUAUGGAGGAAAAAGAUUCCCGUCCAUGUGUGUCGCAUGUCCUAUUCGUCAUCAGUGCCUACUACAAAGCUUUUUAUCGACGGGAAGUUUGUUGAGUCCCAGACUUCAGAAUGGAUAGACAUUCACAACCCUGCGACCAACGAGGUGAUUGGCCGUGUCCCCAAGGCCACUCAGGAGGAGAUGUUGGCAGCUGUGAACUCCUGCUCCAAGGCCUACUCCGCUUGGUCCGACACGUCCAUCCUCAGCCGACAGCAGAUCUUCCUCCGCUACCAGCAACUCAUCAAGGAUAACAUCAAAGAGUUGGCCAAGUCCAUUACACUGGAGCAGGGCAAGACUCUGGCUGAUGCCGAGGGAGACGUCUUCAGAGGCCUGCAGGUGGUGGAGCAUGCCUGCAGCAUCACGUCGCUCAUGCUGGGCGAGACCCUGCCUUCCAUCACCAAGGACAUGGACACCUACACGUACCGGUUGCCCAUCGGCGUGUGCGCGGGCAUCGCCCCCUUCAACUUCCCCGCCAUGAUCCCGUUGUGGAUGUUCCCUAUGGGCUUGGUGUGUGGCAACACCUACCUGCUCAAGCCCUCGGAGCGCGUGCCCGGUUGCACCAUGCUGCUGGCGCGGCUGCUGCAGGAUGCCGGAGUGCCCGACGGUACCCUCAACAUCAUCCACGGACAGCACGCUGCUGUGAACUUUAUCUGUGACCAUCCUGCCAUCAAGGCCAUCAGCUUCGUGGGCUCCAACCAAGCCGGAGAGUACAUCUACGAGAGGGGCUCCAAGAACGGCAAGAGGGUGCAGUCCAACAUGGGAGCCAAGAACCACGGCGUGGUGAUGCCGGAUGCCAAUAAGGAGAACACGCUGAACCAGCUGGUGGGUGCGGCGUUUGGGGCGGCAGGUCAGCGCUGCAUGGCCCUCAGCACCGCCAUCCUGGUGGGAGAGGCGCGCGACUGGCUGCCCGAGCUGGUGGAACGCACCAAGAACCUGCGCGUCAAUGCAGGUGACCAGCCUGGUGCCGACGUUGGGCCACUCAUCUCGCCCGAGGCCAAGAACCGCGUCAACAGCCUGAUCCAGAGUGGUGUGGACGAGGGCGCCAAGGUCCUGCUGGAUGGCCGCAACGUGCACGUCAAGGGCUACGAGAACGGCAACUUCGUGGGCCCCACCAUCCUGGGCAACGUCACCCCCAACAUGAAGUGCUACACAGAGGAGAUCUUUGGACCAGUGCUAGUCGUCCUGGAAGCUGACAGUUUGGAUGAAGCCAUCAGCAUGGUCAACAACAACCCGUAUGGCAACGGAACCGCCAUCUUCACCACCAACGGUGCCACCGCCAGGAAGUACACAAACGAGGUGGAUGUGGGCCAGAUUGGAGUCAACGUUCCUAUUCCGGUACCUCUCCCCAUGUUCUCCUUCACUGGAUCCAGAGGCUCUUUCCGUGGAGACACCAACUUCUAUGGCAAGCAGGGCAUCCAGUUCUACACUCAGAUCAAGACUAUUACAUCACAAUGGAAAGCGGAGGACGCCACGCUCAAGAGUCCUGCUGUUACCAUGCCAACAAUGGGGCGCUAAUGUAGGCUGUAAAGAGCACCCCUUCGUUGCUACUACUGACAUGCCUUAAAACUCAAAGAACAUGGUGUGUGUGUAUGUGUGUGUGCACGUACGUGACAUGCAAGUGUAAGAAUGUGAGUCUGUGUGUGUGUGCGGGGGGGGGGGGGGGGGGUCACUGUGGGAGUGUUUGAGUGAUUUUUGUCAGCAGGUGUCAUUUUACACUACAUGUCCCCCACAUGUCGAUUUCUGUCAUCAGAGCAGUUUAACCUGCUGGAGUGCUUCACCUGGUCUGUUGUAGUGGUGCCCCCUUCAGUACAUUGAGGAGUAUGCACAUAAUUGUUUGCAAUUGCUCACACACUGUAACUAGAUGUACUCAGAUAUCAAACUGUAGUCUGACGGAGCCAUCAUAUUCUCACCACUGAAACUGAAUACCCAUUACCUACAGCUACUGUAAUGCAGUAGGCAUGUUAACGAGUGUACUAAAUGUGUAGCCAUUUUCAAUGUGUAGAUUAUCCCAUGCGUUUGAGUGAUUUCAGAAUACAUUGUUGAUUGAAUGUUUGUUCAGAAAAAUUGUAAUGUUUUGUGAGAAAGAAGAAAGAUUUUUUUUUUUCUGAGAUACCAGCUGCAAAUAAUGCAUGAUCAAGUGGGGCUUUGAUCCACAAAAUAAAACCCUUUGUGAUGGAA